CGGAUUGUCACAUCUAGGCGGCGACACAGAGCCCCUUUUCUCUAAAAACAACAACAUUUCACCUUCUCUUUCUUUUAGUCAAAAUGCUUGAGCACGUUUGAGUGACCAUGGUGUGCGUUUGCCGUCAGGUAGUUGAGAGUUAAUACGGCGAGAAUAUUGGGAGAAGGAAACUUUUGAAGGAAUCCAAGGAGCUACAGUUGAAAACAUGGCUGUUCGCGAAGAAGGAGAGGUUUUGCACAGUAAAAUCAGGCACCACGAUGGGGUUGCCAAUGCAAACAGCACAGAGCGCUUCAGGAACGGCUAUGUGAAGAGCUGCGUCACCCCUUUAAAACAAGACCAUCAAAGGGGAUUUUUGUUUAACGUCUGUAGGUUUUGCAAUGAGGACAUUCUGAAUUCAAAAAUUCUUCGAUUUUUUGGCCUAUACCUGGGUGCAUUCAUAAUUUUUGCAGUUUCGUUGCUUAUUUCCAGGAGCUUGCAAAGUGACUUCAGCUUUUGGGAUUUGCGGACUUUUCUGUCGGGCUUCUCUCAGUCCAUCAGCCCUCUCUUUAGCAUAGGCUGUGCAUUUUUCUUUUUGACAUUUUAUUUAAAGAGGAAAAAGAGGGAAAGUAAUAAAUGUUGGCUUGUGUCACUGCCAGCAUCAUGUUACUUAGGGGAUUUUUUAGUUUUGCGGUUUUUGCAGUGGGGAGAGGACCAACACCAGAUGCAAAUGAUUGGCAGGUUGUUAUUCGUGUUGGGAUGUGUGGGUCUCCUAACACUGAUCCCCACUUUGAAACUCAAACACAGUGUUCUGAUCCUGGUGUUUGCCAGUGUUGUGUGGUUGGUGUCUUUCACCAGUCUGAGCUGCUUGCCUGCACUCCUGAGACCCGUGUUUGCGUGUUUGGCGGGUGUCUCAGGCUCGCUAUUGUCCCUCUGUUUUGACCAUUAUUACCCGCCGAGGGAAACGCCGAAUAGGAUCUCCAACAGCGAGGAGAAAGUCCCUGUGAUCAGACCCAGGAGAAGGUCCAGUUGUGUUUCUUUGGGGGAAACGUCGACCAGCUAUUAUGGCAGCUGUAAAAUGCCUCGCAGACCUUCGUUACCGUGCAUAUCCAGAGAACAGAUGAUCCUAUGGGACUGGGACCUGAAGCAGUGGUACAAGCCCCAGUAUCAGGGAGCGGUAAGCGGUAACGGAGUGGACCUGUCGGUCAUCAACGAGGCCAGGAACAUGGUGUCUGACCUGCUGAUGGACUCGUCCCUGUCACCACACACCGUCUCGUCCCUGCGCAGCGUCAGCAGCCUCAUGGGGACCUUCUCUGGCUCCUGUCGACCCAGGGUUAACCCCUUCACCCCCUUCCCAGGUUUCUACCCCUGUACCGAGGUGGAGGACCCUGCAGAGAGGGGCGACAGGAAGCCUCUGAAGGGUCUUAGCAGCAGGAACAGCCUACCAACCCCCCAACUCCGCCGCGGCUCCACCUCCUCCCCUCUCCCCCCUCUGGAGUCGGCCUCCUCCCGCUGGGAACGCAACAACGGCAAGAGACCGGGACCCCACCCUGACCUUAAUACGACCAGCACGGGGUCUCUGUCCAAUGGGCCCAAUGCUAACCUGUUGACCAUCCCUAAGCAGAGGUCCUCCUCUGUGACCCUGACCUACCAUGCCGGGCCCAGGAGAGCAGGUGCGUCCCCCAUUCUGAGUCCUGUCAGCUCCCCGAGCCACAGUCCUCAAGGGGGAGGUCUCUCCUCCCAGGUCACGCGCCCCCCGGUGGAGUUCCCCGACACAGCUGACUUCCUCACCAAGCCCAGUGUCAACCUGCACAAGCCCCUGGGCUACAUCCUCAGCUCCCCUGACUUCCAGGGGCCUUACCGCAACCCCGCGGCCAUGUGCACCAGCUGUGGUCGUCAGAUGCUGAAGAACAUGCCCAGUAUGGAGGCGGGGGAGGGACACCUGCCAUUCACUGGUCAUGCUGAGGCCCAGCGCAGACGCUCAGCAGGUGAGGGGUCAGAGUUCAUGGGAGAGGCACUGAUCAGGGAGGAGAGUGUGGAGGCCGAGUCGACGGGGGACAGGAGUCCAGACGCAGGGAGCCGGUGCCAGACAGACAAGAAAGAGCAGAGCCCCACCACAGAGCAGCAGACACAGGAAACAGAGGGUGAGUUCAGACUAGACCCCCUGCUGGAGAACCACGAUGACCUCAUGGAGAAGAUCAACAGCUGGAACUUCCAGAUCUUUGACCUGAUGGACAGAACAGGAGGGAAGACAGGAAGAAUACUCAGCUACGUGACCUACACUCUGUUCCAGGACACUUGUCUGUUUGAGAUGUUUAAGAUCCCUGUGAGGGAGUUCAUGUCCUAUUUCUGUGCUCUGGAGAACGGCUACAGGGAUAUUCCCUAUCAUAACCGGGUCCAUGCCACUGACGUGCUCCAUGCUGUCUGGUACCUGACUACCCGGCCUGUCCCAGGAUUCCAGCAGAUCCACAACGAGCAUGUGACAGGAAGUGACACAGAUUCAGACAGUGGGAUCUCGCCGGGCCGGGUAUCAUACGCCUCCUCCAAGAGCUCGUCCAUCUCUGACGACAACUACGGCUGCCUGGCGUGGAACAUCCCUGCUCUGGAACUCAUGGCACUAUAUGUAGCAGCUGCCAUGCAUGACUAUGACCACCCCGGUCGCACAAACGCCUUCCUCGUAGCCACUAACGCAGCUCAGGCGGUGUUGUAUAAUGACCGUUCGGUCCUGGAGAACCACCACGCUGCUUCGGCCUGGAGCCUCUACCUCUCCCGGCCAGAGUUCAACUUCCUGGCCAACCUGGACCACGUGGAGUUCAAACGUUUUCGCUUCCUGGUCAUCGAGGCCAUCCUCGCCACAGACCUGAAGAAGCACUUUGACUUCCUCGCCGAGUUCAAUUCAAAGGUGAAUGAUGUGAACAGUCCAGGAAUCGACUGGACAAAUGAGAAUGACCGGCUGCUGGUGUGCCAAGUCUGCAUUAAGCUGGCAGACAUCAACGGGCCGGCCAAAGGGCGUGAUCUGCACCUCAAGUGGACAGAAGGCAUUGUCAAUGAGUUUUAUGAGCAGGGGGAUGAGGAAGCCACUUUGGGAUUACCCAUCAGCCCCUUCAUGGACCGCUCCUCUCCCCAGCUGGCCAAGCUGCAGGAGUCCUUCAUCACACACAUCGUGGGGCCGCUCUGCAACUCGUACGACGCCGCUGGCCUGCUCCCUGGCUACUGGAUCGACGAGGAGCACUCUGAGGAUGAGGAUGAGCAGGUGGAGGACACAGAGACUGAUGAAGACGAGCUGGAGGAGGAGCUCGAACCAAAAAGGAGAAACGGCCGGCGUCGGCUGUUCUGCAACAUCAUGCAGCACCUGACAGAGAACCACAAGGUGUGGAAGAAGACCAUCGAGGAGGAGGAGAAGAGCAAGGAGAAGCAGCAGGCCGACAGCCUGCCUCCCAGCCUGUCCCCUUCGCCCUCCGACGACCAGAUCCAGGUCAUUCAGGAGGAGGAGGAAGGAGAGGAGCGCCAGUAGCAGGAGGAAGAUGAGGAAGUGGAGGGACAGAGCCAGGAUGCUCGGGAAGGACGGAACAGUGAAGGAGAAAGUCCUUCAACUCCUCCCUCUUACAUGCUCACACACACACACACACAAAAACAUUUAUACACAACACAUACGUACACACACAUACUAUAGACAUAUACACAAACACAUACACGCACAGGAUGACCAUGCUGGAUCUCCACACGUUGAAAUUGUCACUGUGCCGACACGCUAAUGCAGUCAUGUUGUUUUGAAAAAAGGCCUUACUACUGUGAGGGGAUUCUUGCUGCAAUGGUGGCAACCCCACUCCUAUGCACUUUCACCCCAUGGAGAGUAGACCAAGAACAAACACCAGAGCUGAGGACACUGGUGUGGAGAGGGAGAGAGGAAACGGGUCUGGAUGUGCUCUCCAUGGUGAUCUGGCUGUAAUGCUGCCUUGAACGCAGAGCACUUAACUCUCCCUUAGGUACUAAAACAAAUCCUAUGAUUUAAAAUAAAGGAAAAGAAAAAACACCCUGACGUGGUUGACAUCCGUUACCAAAGCGAACAGUUCAAACAUGGAAAGACAAGAGACUGAGACUGUUUCAGGCUCAAUGUCAGGAAUAUUCUAGAUCUAUAUAUCAAAUGUGCCUGUCUGAACCUUUACUGAGUCCCCUGGUCCAGACCCUAGGUUGGUCUGUGCAGUCCUCUCCCCUUGCUGGCGACACGAAACACUGUAUCACUGACUCAGUCACAGAGACAUUGUGGAAAUGUUGACUGAAAAUGAGCAUUAUACCUGCAUCGUUUUUGAUGCCUUUUAUUCAUGUGUACCACCUGCCUUUUAUGUUUCCUUCUUUUUGUUGGUUUAAUGAAGUUGGUGUGAGCGUGUGUGUGUGUGUUUUCUUCAGGAACGCUUGGUCGCCAGUCAUUGAAAUGUUAUCGGAGAUGAGAUGUUCUCUGUUGUUCCAAUGGAGUGCUGUUCCAAUGAAGGGAUGUUUUUUUUUUCUUUUGAUUAUAUCUAUUUUUUCACGGUUACUCAGGAUUCUCGUGAAGUUGAAUAAUUAUUUUGCAAGAAUUUAAGUAAUUGACUUUAAAACAAUAUCUCGGUGAUUGAAAUAGUUUUUAAGCUUUGUAUGAACAACUUGAAAAACAAACACAUUCAAGCAAUUGAAGUGCUCCUCUGUGAUAGAGCAAAGUAUGUCCUGUGUUUCUGUCCAACUCCGCUGCCCCGCUGGCAGCGCCGUUGGCUUGAUCUUCUAAAGACCUCACUGUAGACUUGGGAUCCUUGAUUGUCAGUUGACUGCAAAAGACCUGUUUGCAGCAAGGCAACAUUUUGUACAGUGAAAUCCCAUUAUUAUCCAUGUAUCCAGUAUAGGAAAAGGUGUUUUUGAGUGCAUUGCUGUUGGCAUUGUUUUUACACGUACUCUGUCUAGCUAACCUCUUCAUUUCACUUGUCAUUCUACAGACACUGAUGUUUUGACAAAAACUAUAGAUCUUUGCCAAACCCACAACCAGGCCAGUGCGUAAAGGAGUUAAGUAAUCCAGGGUUUCACCUUCACUUUGGUUUUUAUAUUGUCUUAUUCUCUGUACCAUAAGACGGUUUAAUACUAAUAGUUCUAUAUUUAUGUCUGUAAAACUCUAGGCAUUCCACUAGAAAAAGAGUUUAAUGAAAGAGAUGGCAGACCUGCAAGCCGAACUCACUUAUCACGCUAUCAAGUCAUUUUCUCUGGAGAAGGAAGUGCUCAAGUAGGCAGUGUAAUUCAAGCUAGUAUAUUUAAAGACAAAACAUAUAUAAAUGUCCACAUUUUACUACCAAACAAGUGUUUAGCCUCUGCACAAAAAAAGAAUACCUGCAUAUAAAUAUAGUGUAUAAAUAUAUGAUAUUUUUUAAUGAAUCAACAGAAUGCAUCUGUUUUCUACACACAGCUGACAUAUAUUGUACAGUGAGACCCUGUAAUUCUCAUUCUGUUUCCAGAGUUUUUAUCUGAUACUACAGAUGUGGGGUUUGGUGUUUUUCUUUUGGGUUCAGCAUCUCCCUGCUCCUUAUCACAACCACUUUCUCUCUCUUGGUAAUCUCUAUUAACUCUAUGUUGUCUACUCAGUUCACCCAUCCACCCAACCAGUGCCAAACUGUCCCUGCUCACUGCCCAACCUCUGGGCUCUCAUACACUGGGCUUGUUAUGGUUGGCCCCAGAGGUCUCUCUGAGCUCCAUGUCCCACAGCAGGCUCAAAGUGAUGCCGGUGCAGCCCAGCCCAGGUGUUGUGGAGGAGAGCUCACGACUCCUAACCGUGGCCCUUCAGUCCGCUCGGGUUGAGCGACACUGCGUCUCCUAAGUUCUGAUGGUGAAUUGUGAUGCCUCUGCCACCUCCCGCCACAUUUUAUGGCUCAUUAUGUUGUACAAGUUUGUUUGUUAGUUUGUCACUGUGCAGUCUCACGAACCACAGUGUCCUCUAAUGUUCUUGUCAUAAAAGCGUCUAUGAAUGGCUGUUACCCUUAUGUAGCAUUGAGAUAUGUACGUCUGUUGUAACUGUUCAACCAUAUCAAAAUUGUGGGGGAAACUGAUUUUUGUUAUUUAUAGCUGUCAUAAAACACCAUCCCUAAAAUAA